UAAAUAGUUUGGAAAACAAUAUUCUAUUGAGGUAGUAUUAUACGGGAUGAAAUGGUAAAUUGAUAUCAAAGCUGAGCUGCUUUGUUUUGUCUGACGUCAGUCGGGUUAGGCUGGCUUAAUAUUAUUGAAAGACGGACAUGUCUCGAGUGGGGUCCACGAAGGAUAGCCCAGGAAAGAAGCGACACCUGAUUUCUGGUUUAGUUUAGACAAAGUGUCCCGUGGCAUGGCCCUGGAGGCGUCCCCAUUUCCCAACCGGUGUGCUGCCGGCGUCCAUGCGGCGGGAUGGGUGUUGAUUCUACCUUGCUUCUGGUUUCUUGACCGCCUCAUCGCCGUGUGCAUGUCGACCACCCUGGAGCAGACGCAGAGACAAGAGGAGGAAUGCUACCUCCACCCCCUCAAGGUCGUCUUCGGCUCUAUCACAUUCCUUAUUCUGUUUCUGUUGACGGCGCCCAUCGCCUUGCUGGGUUUUCUGCUGUGGGCGCCGCUGCAAGUGUGGCGCAGACCCUUCUGCUACCACCGAGAGGCGACGUCGCUGCAGUGUGAGACCCAUUGUGGCUUUGAGCUAGAAGGAAAGGCAUCGUUUGGCUUUGCAUCAGCCAACUUGUGUCUUCUUCCCGACAGCCUCGCUCGCUUUAACAACCUGGGACACACUCAGCGCAGGGCUCUUGCUAUUGGCGAGUGCAUAGCGCAGGGCGUGGGCCGUCCCAACAUCCGCAUCUUUAUCGACUCCCCCAGCAGCUGCAGUACUCUUAGCCCCUCCAACAGUAUUGUCCCCGUGCUUACUUCCUCCUCAUGUAGUGCCACAGACAGACAGACUCCGCCCCCCGAGAGUGAUGUAUUUGGAGUAAAGGCCUUCAACGGAGCGGUUUAUGUACCUUGUGGAGAUACAAAGGAGCCGUCUGCUGAGUUACCAUCCAUCCAGCACAACUCCAACCACAACGCUAACCAGCAGGGGCCAACAGGUCAGCGCAGGGCACCUCGUGCUUUACUCUCCCAGGGUCUUGGCCAACAGGGUGAUGUGCCCUGGGAAGUGUCGACGUUGUUUCCUGCCAAUGUGGACAUUCUCUGCUUAGAGGAGGUGUUCGAUAAAAGGGCCGCACAAAAACUCACCUGUACGCUGAGUCCUUCUUUUGGGCAUAUACUCUAUGACAUUGGAGGAUACGCCUGCCAACCACCGUGCAGCUGUUCCACUUUCAAAUUCUUCAAUAGUGGCCUCUUUCUUGCCAGCCGAUUUCCGAUCCAGGAGGCCGAGUACCACUGCUUUCAGAACAGCCGAGGGGAAGACAUGCUGGCUGCCAAGGGCCUCCUUGCCGCUAAGGUGGUGAUCGGGAAGAACCAGAAGCAGAAAAAAGUAGUUGGUUAUUUUAACUGUAUACACCUCCAUGCACCAGAAGGUGACGGAGAGAUCCGCUGUGAGCAGUUAAACAUGGUCACCAAGUGGAUCGGAGACUUCCAAGCAGCCAACAGGCAGUCCGACGAGGAAGUGGCUUUUGAUGUACUCUGUGGCGACUUUAACUUUGACAACUGCUCACCAGAUGACACUUUGGAACAGAACCACUGCCUCUUUGAGGAAUACAAAGACCCUUGCAGGGCAGGACCAGGGAAAGAGAAGCCCUGGGUCAUUGGUACUCUACUAGAGCAGCCAACACUGUAUGAUGAGUGUGUAAACACUCCAGAAAACCUACAAAGAACUUUAGAGAGUGAGAUGCUCAGAAAGAGUUACAUCUCCCCUCCCAUUCCUGCCACAGGCUCACCAUUGGUUUACCCUGAAACUGACCAGCCCUGGAUUGGUCGCAGGAUUGAUUAUAUUCUGUUCCGGGAAAAGUCCAUCUCAAAGCACUGCCGAACAGAAGUGGAAGAGGUAUCGUUUAUAACCCAGCUGGCUGGCCUGACAGACCAUAUCCCUGUGGGCUUAAGACUACAUGUAACAAUGGACUCCUGAUGGCGUUGGAACCCCAUGUCAUGUUCAGAAAAGGGAACAAAAUGUACAAAUAUACAUUGCUGAAAAGCCACAAUAAUUUGAGAUUAAUUGCUGAUGCACUCAAAUAUCAAACGUAUGUGAAACAUCUCAGGUGGUAUUAAUAAUGUAUAAUAUAUGGGUUUGUCUGGGUACACGAUGUAUCUAAUGUACGUUAAGGUUUUUUCUAGAUUUUGUACAUGUACUGUUUUUAUGAUUCACUACAUGAAUAAACAUAAAAAAAUUGUUAACAA